GAUAUUUUCCCUCCCCUCUCACAACAAGAUAGAUAGCCAAUGGCUGGUGAUUACAGAGGGAACUAUAUCCGUAGCUCCGACCAUGCUUCUUCUGUAGAGGAAGACACGACUUCUUCUAUGUAUUCCUCGGGAAAAGAGUGUAUGCCUACAGAAUGGACCGAUGAGAAGCAUAGCUUGUAUCUUAAAUCAAUGGAAGCUUCAUUCGUAGACCAGCUUUACAGCUCCCUCGGUUCAAAUUUGAGUAAGGAGAACGUAGGAGGAAAACCAUCUGAUGAACAGUUCAAGAUUCUUCGUGAUGGUUUCUGGCAGAAGAUGAAUGUAAGACAACCUGAGUAUCGUCUCAAAGGAAGACACGGUGGUGGUUCUCCUCAUGAGUUUCUUAGGAGUCCAUGGAUAAAUCACUAUAAGUCUUUACCAAAGAAUCAAGUGGUUAGCUCGAAGGGUGUAGUCAUAUGCAGCUCUGGUUCAGCGUCUGAUCUCAGGAACAUGCUACGAGAAGGCUGCUCUCAUUUACAUGACCGGGAUCAAAUCAGCAUAGGGGAAGAAGAAGAAGAGGUAUCUGACCAGAACUUUGUCAACGAAGUAACAAAAGGGGAAAAUGGAAGCUCGAAAAAGAUGAAGACAGUGAUGAGCGGAUCAUCGAGUACUGAUCAGGUUGUUCCACUCAGAAAAACUCGUGCAGACAUGACGUAAACUGAAGUCUAUUUCUGAAAAGGUCGUUACAACUGGGUAUGAGAGGAGUGUUUUGUAACGUAUAGAGUAAAAAUGUCAACAUACUAUGGUUAUUUACAUGUGUCUUCAUCAUAUAUCCCUAACUAUAAAUAUAUUGUAUAUAUGUUCGUGUGAGUGGUAUUCAUAUGUAAUAUAAUCCUUAAAUCUGCAUCAAAUAGUUUUUGAUUGUU